GUCAUAGGGCUGCGACGUAACGUCUCCACGUUGGCUGUCGAUGUAAAACCUGACCCUUCUGAUGGAAUAGCACUGACUACCGUCUUUCACUGACUGUCACUACCGUAUUUACAAACGGGUUUUAGUGUCGAUAUUUAGACCUCGUUGGGCUCCAUACACCGUUUGUUGAGCUUUUCCGACAGAAUUGCGCACUUUUAAAAAAGAUGGGUCCAGUUUUUAGAGAACGUUUUCUGUUUGAUGCGUCUCUGCUGUAUCAGGAUACGUGCCCGGAGCUGUCACGGUUCUUUUUGAAAUCACAUUUGAAGAAAAAUGCUGGACAAAAAGGGAAGAAAUUCUCCAGUUUGUUGACGAGCACCUCGGUGUGUUCAUACUGUUACCAGUGGCUGAAGCCUGACAAUCACCAUGUGCGUUUGCGGCCCAAACGGCGUCCGUCAGCGCGAGUGCAGAGCAUCCUGCUCAGGAGGGCCAGAGGACAACGACUGAGCCUGAUGCAGAAAAAGCUGCUGCUCCGCUUCCUGAAGUCAUCAUCAACACUUAUGGCUACCUGCCAUGCCUGCAGCAAGACGUCCAGACACCAAGGCGUCAAUCGGGAAUUUCUUUCCAACUUCUCUAAAACACCCAUAAGUGCCAACAAGCACAAAACUCCCCAGUCCAGCAGCAGAAUCACCAACACGACCCCCAGGACCUCUUGCAAAGACAAGACCCCGUCUCAAACGCCCAGAUCCUCCAUCUCAUCCAAUGUUUCGGGAUCAAGCUCCACUUCCUCCAAGUCUUCAUCUAAACCAAAAAACUGGGUCGUCCGGCGUCUCAGCAAGCUUCUGAUGCGAGAGGAAAAGGAAAGCAGCAAGAAAGGAGGCUUAAAGGACUUCCUCUCCUCACUUUAAGCAUCUCAUCAAAGCACUUUUUUUUUAUUAUUCUUUAAUCAGAACCAGGUGGACGUUCUGUGUUCCACCUUGUUGAUUCCUGAGGCUGAGGGGGAACCUAGCUGAGGUUGCUGCUGCUGGGCUGAUUGAGAUGGCGCUCCUUAAUUCCUGACCGUAGGAACAGGGAGCUGGGAGCUUUUAAUCACUCACCUCCUUGUUUUAUGAUGCAAACAGAGAGAUGACGCCUCUUCUGACUAAUUUAAUUUCCAACCUGAAGUUUCACUCAUCGUUUUUACACUUUCUUCAGUAUUUCUGCAACUGCUGCAGCGAUUCCCUGCCAUUAUCUUUCUCAGUUCCAGAUGUUUUUUGUACAUUUAAUCAUACAUUUUUAUGUUAAAAACAUUAUUCAAACCUUUAUCCGUGAAAUAGGAUGGUAACAUUUUUAUAUGUGUAUAUAUUGACUCACAUUCAGCUUUUGAUGCAUCAGUGGAAACACUUUGUGAUAAGAUUUUGUAUUUUUUAGGACACGCUAUUUAAACUGUAAGUCAUCGAUGAAAGUAUUUAUGGUUAUAAUUUAGGAAAAUCCCACCAGUAGUUGUUCACACUUACAAUCUGUACAGAAAUACUCGAUUAUCACAGCUGUGUAAGUGACAAUAAAAACCUCAUUGUUUUAUAACACCCUUCACUAUACUGAUGUGAAAAGUUCAGAAUUGUUCUAACUGCAGAAGUAAUAAAUGUAUCUAGUGCAUUUUGUACUGGCUGAAUAGGUAUUCUGUUGUAAUUAUACCGUUCAAUGAAUAGUAUGUGUAUAAAUUCUGAAAUACCUCACUUUUGUAUUCAACUUUUUUGUUUGUGACUCAAAUUAAAUCCUUUCCAAUAAAAAAUGACUUUGUUUACUCAUUAAA